AGUCCAGUAAUAAUGGGAGCAGCUUCAGCAUUGGCGAGAGGAAGCGGUAAAUUUGCUAAAAGUGGAUUCGAUAACAGAAAAUUAACAGCAAAAUAAUGACUUCAGUGGCUGGCACGUCUCGAUUCACCAUUGGAAAAUUCAAUUCUCUUUCUCUAUCCUCUACUCAGUCUCUUCAAAAUCGAAUUCCCACUCUUUCCCAGCUUCCGAAUUGUGUUUCAAAUUUCACGUGCCACCGCAAUGUUGGCGGCGAAAGAAUGUCCGGCAAAGCUUUAUCGAGAAAUUGGGAGCGUAGUAAGAUUCGGGCUAUGUCAUCUGGCUCAUUCGGAUCCCGAUUGGAGGAGAGUGUGAAGAAGACUGUCACUGAGAACCCAGUUGUUGUUUACUCCAAAACUUGGUGCUCGUACUCUUCGGAGGUAAAAUCAUUGUUUAAGAGGCUUGGCGUGGAGCCGCUCGUUAUUGAAUUGGACCAAAUGGGUCCCCAAGGACGACAACUGCAGAAGACUCUAGAGAGGCUUACUGGACAACAUACUGUUCCAAAUGUUUUCAUUGGUGGGAAACACAUUGGUGGUUGCACAGAUACUGUCAAGUUACACCAUAAAGGAGAACUUCGCCCGCUGCUAUCAGGAUCUGGAGCCACUAAGAUGCAGAGCUAGCACUGAGCUCAAUAUUACUUUACAAUUUUUUUUUCCUCAGCUCCCCUUAGUCGUCCUAGAAUUCAAUGAUAACUUUAUGACAAAUAUCUUCUAAAAACUAUGGCAACUUGUAUCUUUUUCGAGAUACACCUUUGCUCAUAUCACAUCUAAAUUCAUUCUGUUGUGGGUACAUUCUCAACUCUUGAGUAUUUGAAUUGCUUAUUUCAAAUCUCUUCACUGGUUCUAUGUCUAGUUUUUGAUUUUUUUCA